AUGAGUGGGAAAUUUGUGAGAGCUUCGAAAUAUAGACAUGUCUACGGCCAAGUAGCCAAAAAGGAGCGUCACUACGAAAAUAUUCGGGUGACCAAUAAUGCCUGGGAUUCCAACUUAAUCAAAGCCAACAGCAAGUUUUUGACGGUAAACUGGAACUCUUCCGGAGGUGGUGCAUUUGCAGUCAUUCCUUUGGCGGAAGUUGGAAAAGCACCAGACCAAGUACCUUUGUACAGGGGCCACACGGCACCGGUUCUCGAUACCGAUUUCAAUCCUUUUGAUGAUUACUGCGUCGCCUCUGGAUCCGAUGACGGGAAGAUCGGGAUCUGGGAAAUUCCUCAAGAUUACUCAUUUCAUAACUACUGCAACUCGGACGGCGAUCCUAAAGAUAUUCCACCUAAAAAGCUUUUGGCUGGCCAUGGUCGCAAGGUGGGUCAUGUUCUGUUCCACCCUACCGUCAAGAAUGUGCUAGCAUCCUCCUCUCUAGACCACACGGUCAAGAUCUGGGAUAUCGACACUGGCAAAGAGCUAUUCACCUUAAGGCAUCCGGAAAUGGUCACGUCUAUGUCAUUCAGCUACGACGGCAAUCAUUUGGUAACAGUCAGUCGUGAUAAAAAAUUGAGAACUUGGGACAUCAGAGCCGAAAAAGUGGUGAGUGAGACACCAGCUCAUUCUGGAGCCAAGAACCAAAGGGUUGUGUGGCUUGGAGACUCUUCAAGAGUGGCCACCACGGGAUUUUCAAAGCUAAGCGAUCGUCAAAUCGGUGUCUGGGACGCUUUUGAUCUGGAAAAGGGUGAUUUGGGAGGAUUUUAUACGGUCGAUCAAUCUUCCGGUAUUAUGAUGCCCUUUUUCGACGCUUCAAACAAGAUUUUGUAUUUGGUUGGCAAGGGAGACGGUAACAUCCGUUAUUUCGAAUUCCAAAAUGACGAACUUUUCGAACUUUCUGAAUUUCAGUCCAUCGAUCCUCAGAGAGGGUUUGCAGCUGCUCCAAGAAGAGCUGUGAACGUCAAAGAAAAUGAGAUUUUGAAAGCAUUUAAGACCGUUAAUGACCAUUGUAUCGAACCCAUCUCAUUCCACGUUCCCAGAAAGUCCGACAGCUUUCAAGAUGACAUUUACCCCGAUGCCCCAUCGGGUGUGGCUGCGCUUACUUCUGACGAGUGGGUAGCAGGAAAAUCUGUUGAGGGACCUCUUCUUUUCAAUUUGAGUUCGUUGUAUGAUGGAUCAGAACCCAUUUUGAAGCCCUCUGCAGGAGGCAACGAAGCUCCAGUAACGCGAGGUGUAUCUGCGGAGCCUUCGAAAAAGCCGGCGGCUGACGAACCAAAGAAGGAAACACCUUCUCCGAAGCCAUCCUCGUCCGCUUCUGAGAAAGAUGCUGCUUCAUCAAUUGCGAAAAACACUGAAAAUGCGCUUGACAAAGUUUCCAAUUCGCGGGAUGGAAAGGAAAAAUCGGUCGAGCCGUUGGAUAGAUCUGUCAAGAAAGAAGUGGACUCUAAGCUCAAAAACGAUAAAUCUGUUGACACUCUUUUGCAAAAGGCUAGCGACUUAGACGAUGUCAACGACGCAGAGGACCCAUCCAAUCGAGUUUCAACUUGGGAUGAGGAUGAUGAACAGCAAAUUCCGCGUCAACAAACUCCGGUCGGCCGGAAAGAAGUUUCGGUGAAUCAAAACAAGGAAACCUCGAACGACAAACCUUCCACCGUUGAACAAGUUGAACCUGUUGUAAAAACGACGCCGCGCAAAGAGCCAGCUUCAAGCUCUUCGAGCUCCAAGACCGAGGCAGAACCUCAGACCAAGCAGACAACAAGCGCUCCAAGUGCUGAGAUCAAGACCAACGGCUCGGAACCUUCGUCUACGAGCAAACCUGCCGCUACCAAGUCAUUGGGGCUUUUGCAGUCUGCAGAAAAGCUCUCGUCCCUGGUUCUGCACCUUGAGGGGAUCGUUAGCGAUCUGAAGAAGGCGAAUCUCGACAAGGAUGAACGUCUGCUGGCUUUAGAAACUAAGGUGGAAGAACUACUUAAAGCUAAAUGA